UGAAAGGACCUUGGGUAGUAAACAUCGCAUGUAAUAAUCUAUUAAUUAAAGUUAAGAAACCGAAUCGAUUAGUGGGUAGGAAGAAUCGGAAGAGAGUAUUCUUAUUUUUGGUGGACUAUUGAAGCAUUCGAAAGCAAAAUAAAUGCAGUGAAAGACAGUAAAGCUCUGCAACAAAUUGUCCAAAGGCAAAAGCAGGUCCAGCGGCAAUGGCGCGUCGUGGUGAUCCGAAUCCCUUCGAAGAAGAAGAAGUUAACCCCUUCUCGGACCCUGCUGUACGGGCGAAAGUAGCUGGACAGCCAAAGUACUCUGGAGGUUCAUUUUACACUACACAGUCAACAACGAAUUCAAAGCUUUCACCCUUGCCAUCUGAGGGAUCAGACUUCUCUUAUGACCGGGAUGUGACUGUAGAUAUUCCACUUGGGACAUCAAAAGACACCAAGAAAAGGGAAAAGGAUUUAGAAGCAUGGGAGGCAGAGCUAAGAAGAAAGGAGCAGGAACUCAAGCGAAGAGAAGAAAUUGUGGCUCGUAGUGGUGUUGUGAUCCAAGAGAAAAACUGGCCUCCCUUUUUCCCAAUUAUUCAUAAUGAUAUUGCAAGAGAAAUACCUCCUCAUGCGCAACGGUUGAUGUAUGUUACAUUUGCGAGCUGGUUAGGCAUGGUACUCUGUCUUACAUGGAAUUUAAUUGCUGUGACAACAGCUUGGAUAAAAGGAUAUGAGGUCAAAAUCUGGCUGCUCGCUAUGAUCUAUGCUCUUGCUGGCUGCCCUGGGUCUUAUGUUUUAUGGUACAAACCUCUAUAUCGGGCUAUGAGUUCUGAAAGUGCUUUCAAAUUUGGCUGGUUUUUCUUAAUGUAUCUGAUUCACAUAGGUUUCUGCAUAUUUGCUGCUGUAGCCCCUCCAGUUGUCUUCAAAGGGAAGUCAUUAGCGGGUAUCUUGCCGGCCGUUGAUAUCUUUCAGGAUCAUGUUUUAGUUGGGAUAUUUUACCUUGUUGGUUUUGGGUUAUUUUGUCUAGAAACGCUACUAAGUUUUUGGGUCAUCCAGCAAGUCUAUACAUACUUUAGAGGAUCAGGGCAAGCAGCAGAGAUGAAGCGUGAGGCUGCACGAGGUGCUAUGAGGAAUGGUCUCUAAAAUUUUCAUUAAAAUACCUGUACCUAUUCUUAUGUUCUUGACAGACUCUGCUCACGCAAAGUUCUUGAUGAUGGAUGUAUGUCAGCAUUAAUGUAUUGAAAAUUGUUCUAGAACAUCAUUCAGCUGUAGAUGAGUGUAGAUGGUGUAAAAUUCAAAUGUUUUGCUUCUUGCACCUGAGCAUAACUUUUAUCUGUGGGAACUCAGUUAUCGCUACUGGUGUUAUGGCGUGCUUCAUGUUAUUCAUGACAGUUACAUGUAUGGUCCGAACUCUGAUACGUCGUAUCAUUGUACUAGCACAGUACUUCCAUUUUUUGGCCGUCCCUUACAAUUUAGUUUUGUUUGAUUCUCCAUUUCACCAUUUUCAAUAAUAAAGGAAAUUCACAUGGGUAUGUUCGUAUA